CCCUAGCGAGAGAUUGAUUUCUGGUUGAAUGCACCCGGUGAAGUUGACGGAAGGUUAGUCUGUCUGUAAUUCGGAGCUAGGUUGUGCAGUCGUAUGAGAAAAGGGGAUAUAUUUUCUGUAGUUUCUUAACACAAGAAUCUUGGAAAUUAUAUAUAUAUAUUCCCUGUUCCUCACAGGAAUUCCUGAUCUAAGGGCUUCCUCUUGGAUUGUAUAACUGCUUGGAAGACAGUAAGCUGCAAUCACCUGGAACUUUGCUAAUGUGUGCUGCUCAGUAACUUGCCUUUGAAAAUAAUCGAGAACCACCAUGCUGUUUUAUGUUUUAGGAAUUGUUUUAUUGCAGGCUUUAGGUGCCCGAAGUCAGGGAAGCUGCGAAGGCGAAAGCUGUUAUCCUGCUACAGGUGAUCUGUUGAUUGGACGUGAAAGCCGGCUCUCAGCAACAUCAACUUGCGGCACUAGUGGACCUGAACCUUACUGCAUUGUCAGUCAUUUACAAGAUGACAAGAAGUGCUUCUACUGCGACUCCACAAGGCCUUGGAAGAAGACCGAAAACGAGAGGAGCCACCGAAUCGCAAAUAUUGUCACAUCGUUCGAUAUCGACCGUAAAAACAAAUGGUGGCAGUCGGUGAAUGGUGUGAAUGAUGUAUCUAUUAGGUUGGACCUCGAGGCCAUGUUCCACUUUACCCAUCUUGUGAUGACUUUCAAGACAUUCAGACCCGCUGCCAUGAUUGUGGAACGGUCCAGUGAUUUUGGCCGGACUUGGAACAUAUACCGUUACUUUGCAUAUGAUUGUGAUACCAUGUUUCCGGGUGUUCAGAAGGCACCUCUUAGGAAAAUCACAGACGUUGUUUGUGAGGAAAGAUACUCAAACGUAGAGCCGUCAACCGAUGGAGAGGUUAUCUUUCGAGUUCUUCCACCACAUAUCCAAAGCCAGAUUACAGAUCCUUACUCCGAUGAGGUCCAGGAUCUUAUCAAGAUCACCAACCUCCGACUUAACUUCACUCGUCUGCAUACACUCGGUGAUGUCCUGCUUGAUGACAGACCAGAGAUCACAGAGAAAUAUUACUACGCCUUGUACGAUAUGAUUGUACGUGGUAGCUGUCACUGUUACGGGCACGCCCACCGCUGUAUACCAAUUAGUGGUGACAUUGAGGGGAUAGAGCCCCAUCAAGUUUAUGGAAAUUGUGAUUGCAAACAUAACACCGAAGGAUUGAACUGCGAACGAUGCAAACCAUUUCACAACGACCAGCCAUGGAGACCAGCGCAAGGACUCCAAACACAUGCAUGUAAAUUGUGUAACUGCAAUCAACACACUACAAAAUGUCACUUUGACCCUGCUGUGUAUGAACAAACUGGUGGAAUAAGUGGGGGUGUGUGCGAUGACUGUACUCACAACACCAUGGGAAGGAACUGCGAGCAGUGUCUUCCAUUUUAUUAUAUGGACCCAACAAGAGACAUCAGGGAUCCUAACAUUUGCCGCCGCUGUGACUGUGAUCCUAAUGGUUCUGAGAUGGGCGGUGAGUGUGAGAGCAGGUCAGAUCCGAUGAUGAAUCUAGAAGCGGGACGUUGUCUAUGUAAACGUUAUGUGACUGGCCAACGAUGUGAUACCUGCAUGAACGGUCAUUGGAAUUUACGACGUGAUAAUCCGGAAGGCUGCGAAGCCUGUACUUGUAACACAUUGGGAACUAUUGGUAAUCAGGGCUGUGACAAACAGACUGGAAACUGCGUAUGCAAGCGUUUGGUUACCGGUAGAAGUUGUGACGAGUGCUACGAUAACUUUUACGGACUGAGCGAUGACCCAGAAGGCUGCCAAAAUUGUGACUGCAACCCAGGGGGCUCGUACAACACGGUGUGCGACAAAAUCACUGGACAGUGUCCGUGUAGACCUAACAUCAUUGGUCGACGAUGUGAUACAGUGAAGCCAGGUUACUUCAUCACAUACAUGGAUUAUUUAUUGUAUGAAGCCGAGUAUUCUAGACUGUUGGGUGUUCUUGGAGAAAUUGAGAAACGUGUACAGCCAAUUGGUGUUGUUAUUACUUGGACUGGAACCGGAUUUGUGGAAGUCAAAGAGGGCAGUAUUCUUGAAUUCAACAUCGAUAAUAUCCCAUACUCAGGAAAUUAUGAGCUACUUAUAAGAUAUGAACCACAGUUGCAAGCUAACUGGGAGAAUAUUAGAAUUACCCUUGUACGACCACGCCCUGUUGACACCAGCAGUAUAUGUGGCAACACCAUCCCAUCUGAAGAUCAGCUAGCGAUUUCAUUGUCGUCAACCAACAGGUAUCGUUCUACCUACCCGUCAGUGUUGUGUUUGGAGAGCGGGGAGCAGUACACAAUACGGAUUGAAUUUGAAAGCCUCAUCACCGGGCAGUCACGGCCAAAUGCUGUUAUUCGUAUUGAUUCAAUUGCAUUGCUACCGCAACCAGUCAACCUGCCACCUUUCUCUGAAGGUAACACAGGGUUAUAUCGCCUUGAACAGUGGGAGUACUAUACUUGUAUGGAUUCAUUCUACAGGGUGGAUAAGCAAAGUCUACAACAAGUUUGUGAAGAACUGCUCUUCAUCAUAUCCACUAUCACAUACAAUGGAGGCAUUGAUUGUGCUUGUGAUCCUACGGGCUCAACGAGUAACAUCUGUGCAGCAGUCGGCGGACAGUGCAGCUGCAAGCCAAACGUUGUUGGAAGAACCUGCGACCGAUGUGCACCUGGUACUUUUGGCUUUGGUCCAAAUGGAUGCACAGCGUGCGCGUGCAACAUGGGUGGGUCUAAAGCGGAAUUCUGUGAUUCAGCAACGGGAAUAUGUCCAUGCAUGCCAAAUGUGUGUGGACGCAACUGUGACUCUUGUUGCUCGGGAUACUUCAACUUCCCAAACUGCCAAGUGUGUACAUGCAAUGGGCAUGCCACGGAGUGUGAAGCAGUUGGGGGCGCUUGCCAGCAGUGUCAAGAUAAUACAGAUGGAUUCUAUUGUGAAAGGUGUCGGGAUGGAUUCUAUGGUGAUCCAAGAAUUGGAACUGGACAGAGGUGUCAGCCGUGCUUGUGUCCCAGUGGAGUACAGAGUGGAAUUCAACAUGCCAACACAUGUUACCUUGACAACCAGACCCAGACUGUUAUUUGCAACUGUUAUCCAGAGUUUGAUGGAAUUCGUUGUGAUCGUUGUGCAAACAACUACUACGGGGAUCCAACUGUUUUGGGCGGCGGUUGCAGCCUCUGCGACUGUAACGGUAACACUGAUCUCUCCCUCCCCGGUAACUGCAUGGCAGAGACGGGUGAAUGUACCAACUGUCUAUACAACACCGCUGGACCACAUUGUGAAAUAUGCGCAACUGAUUACUAUGGAGAUGCUCUUCUGAGAAGCUGUAGAAAAUGCAGUUGCAGUUUCCUAGGAACCGACACAACUGUUUGUGAUUUCGAAAAUAACUGUGGAGUAUGUAACAGGGUUACCGGUCAAUGUCCAUGCCUGCCAAAUGUGCUUGGGCGUCAAUGUGACACAUGUGAAGAAAACUACUGGCGUCUGGCUAGUGGGAUGGGCUGCGAGGCCUGUAACUGCUGUCCACAAGGGUCUGUUUCCCUACAAUGUAAUGAGUUCAGCGGUCAGUGCUCUUGCCAAGAUGGUUUCGGUGGGCGAGACUGUUGCAGUUGUCAAAAUCUUUACUUUGGUGACCCAUUAGACGCAAACAUUGGAUGUACACCGUGUGAUUGCAAUCCUGAUGGUUCCGAUGUUUACCAGUGCCGUAAUGAUGGCACCUGUGUGUGCAGGGACCGUGUGACUGGAGCCAAGUGUGACCGGUGCGCGAUCGGAACCAAGGGCAACUUCCCUUACUGUGAUCCAUGUGGGGAGUGCUACGACAACUGGUUUUUGAUUAUCCAAGAGCUUAGAAUUGAAACUGAUAACCUGAUAGCACAAGCUGCAAACCGUUCAUCAAACUUCACAAGUGGGGCAUUUGCAAAGAACUUCACCAUCAUCGAAAAAAACAUGCAGGAGAUCCGCGACAUCCUUGACGGAUUCGGUAACAAUACAGGAGAUAGGCUUGAAGAGUAUGAAGAGGCUCUUCGUCAAAUCCAGCGAGAGCUUGAAUCUAACGCAGAUGAGUUGGACAAGAUCUCUGGACAACUUGUAUUCGUAGAGCUAGACACUGAAAGUGAAAACAAUCGAAUUGAUCGAUUGAAUGCCUCAGCAAUUGACCUAGCUAAUGACAUAAAGAAGCUGGAACAAGAUCUCAGAAAUCUUACUAGGAUUGAUAUUGAAGAGGCGCUUAAAAUCAUUUAUGAAAGUCGUGAUAGGGCGAAUGCUGCACAGCAGAAGGUAAAUGGUACGGCCAAUACAGUGGCGCAGUCAGCCGGUGUCCGCCAGCAGGUAGAGGACAAGAUAGCGCAGUUGAGGACUCAGUUCAAUAACGAUCUGGAUGGCUACAGACAACGUGUAGAUGCUGUUGAAAAUGAUAUCCAAGAUUUGGAGCAAAGAAUCAUUGAUCUUAAUACUAAGGUAUGUGGCAGCCCUGGUGAUAGUUGUGGUAGUUGUGGUGGUGCUGGAUGUGGCACUUGUGGAGGACUUGGAUGCAACGCAGCUCUCAGCAUUGCCAACCAAGCCAAAGAGAGGGCACAGCUGGCACAAAAUAAGUUUGCACAAAAAGAAAUAGAUGCCAACAACAUUCUUGGGGAAGUGCAAGGGGCUGAAGGAGAAAGCGAAGUUGCUUUAGAAGCAGCUCAGAAGGCGUAUGAUGCAGCACUCAGAGCGAAAGAAGACUUGGGAUCAGUUGGACAGAACCUCUCCAGAUUGGUAGAAGACAUUAUUGAUGCUCUGAAUGAUGUCGAUGGGGCAAAGCCACAGCAAGUAGAAGACAUUGCCAGAGAAACCUUAGCUAUUCAGAUUUCCCUCACACCGGAGGAGAUUAAAGCAUUGGCGGAUGAAAUCCAGCAGUUGGUCGAUUCCCUGGAUAAUAUUGAGCAGAUCUUGAAUGACACACGUGAUGAUCUACUAAGAGUAACAGAAUUAGAACAGAGGGCUGAUGAAGCGAAACAAUUUGCUGAGAGUGUUAAAGCAUUAGCAGAAUAUGUGAAUACUGCUCUGGAUAAUGCAAAAGAAGACCAGAAGGAGGCUGGUGUUGCUAUUGACAAUGCCAAUGCUGACAUCAGAGAUGCAAAGGGAAGCCUGACGGCGAUUGAAUCUGAAGUUAAUUCAGCACUGAUCAAGGCCAAUGCUUCGCUGACAAUGGUUCAGAUGAUGCAGGAUACUCUGAAAGAUUUGAGUUUUGCUUUCACUGACAACAAAAAUAAUAUACAGACAGCAGCUGAAUCAGCAGAGAAUGCAGCCCUGCUAGCCAAUGCAACUGCACAGGAAGCAGAAGAGCUGCAGCAAUCUUUUGAUACAGUUAAAAAAGAGAUAGAUGCCAAGGCCUCAAGAGCUGCAGAGUUCCGGCAGCGAGCAGAAGUACUUCUAGAAGGGGCUACACUAUUAGAAGCAGACACCAAAAGUAAACUCAGUCGUUUGAGAGAUUUAGAUGACGACUUUAAAGAUAACAAAAUAUUACUCGAUGAGCACACCAGGUCAUUAGAAGCUCUGAAAGCUCGAGCUGCGAGUGCACUGUCGACGAUACAAGAACGUGCCAGGUUUUACGAAAGCUGCACCAUAUAGAAACCGUCUGUUCAUCUUUUUAAGUUUUCUCAAAAUCUUCUCCAUGAAUUGAAGAAUCAUGUUGGUAGUACGGUGACCAUUACAUUUUCUCUUUCCUUUUGUGUUGGUGGAAUUGAGUAAAACUUAAAUUGUGUUUAUAUGUGUCUAACCUUAUGAUAUGAGAUACUGAUGAAAGAUUGGAUUCUGCUAAUGUGUAUGCUAGUUACACUGAGUUGGAAUUAGUAUCGUGUUGAAGAGGUUGAUGACUUUGUAUACGUCUUACUGUAGGACUCUGUAAUAAUGUUUGUGAUACUUUAUGGUUAUUGUUUAUCAGUUUUUUUUUCACUGUUUUUAUAGUUAACUGAUGGUGCUAUUUAAGGUAUUAUAAAGUGCACGCAAUUUGCAUUUCCACAUGUUAAUCCAUUGUAAAUAUAUAUGCUUUUUUCAUUAUCACAUCAAAAAAAUAUAUAUAAUUCCAGAUAUUCUUUUCUAGGUUUUCUAAUGUAAUGACACCUAUUAUUUGUCAAUUGAGGCUAUUGGUAGCCACUGACUUCAUAGCUGUACAUCUGUCAGCUUCUUGAAGUUAGUAAUUGUUAUUUUACUUAAUCUUAACUAUUGUAUGUAUUCUGUGUUGUGGUGGUUUUAUCCAUGUACAAAGCUAAGGUGUACUGAGGCUGGUGUGUUUUUUACUUCUUCUAUUCACCUAUUUAUGAUUUCUCACUGUAAUUUUUAUCACUAGAUAGUAAGUUUGUAGAUUGUAGUAAAAUUGUAUACUUUUCUUACCUCAUAUUAUGUAAAUGUUUAUUUUUUGGAAUAGAAAAAAAAAAUCAACAAUGGAGACUUUAAAAUGGACUGAAAUAACUAUCUUGGUUUUUCAAUUUCAAAUUAAAGACUUCAUUAAAUAUAAUAUCAAAUUCAUCAAAUAUAGAUUUUCAUAUCUGUAUACCAUCCACAAUGUGUAUCAACCAAUAAGACACUGUCUUAACCAAUGGGACAGGUCUGAGUUUCUCAACCAAUGGAACACAUUGGUUUUAACCAAUGGGACAUGUCUUGAAUUUUUCAACGAAUGACACACUUGUGUUUUAACUAAUGGGACAAGUUCUGAGUUUCUCAACCAAUUAGACUCCUGUGUCUCAACCAAUGGAAUAAUUCUGGGUUUCUCAGCCAAUGAAACACCGGUAAUUUUCUUAUGACACUGUAGCCUGGUUCUCACAAGAGCCCUAGUAUCCAGAUCGGGAGCUAACCGUUAGAGCUAACCGUUAGCACCUGUGUGAAGAACGCCCAACCGGUUAGUACUAAUUAAUUAAUCUGAAUUAAUUAAUCAUAUGAAUAAACAAUUUGUAAGUGAUGUAUAUGCUAAGUUGGAAUAUUCAAUAAAUCAAAUACGUAUUAUGCAACUAACAUUUUAUACUAAAAAAUUACAAGAAAAAUGUCUUCUUCAGCCACCUUCAAAACAGUAAUAAAAUAAGUUAUUCUCUAUGUGUUUUGUAGUUAGUUACUGUAGUUAUGCAGUUCCUAGUAAUUUAUAUACAAAAUGUAUUCCAUAUUUUAUACUCCCUUUAUCAUUCUCUUGGUUUAAAAUCCCAUAUGAUGCCACUUAAUAUGCAAUAUCCUGUCAUAUUCAUACACAGUUCACAGUUUCACUUGGAAAUUAAUAUACACUGUGUUGAGGUAAUGUCUCCAUAAGCGUUGCAUUCUUUUUUAUUUUUUUCAAUUUUGUCGCCCUGUGCCUUUAGUGGCUAUCUUGUGUUUUAGUAAAUCUUAUUUAUCUGAAUGUUAAUUAAUUUUCUUAUUAAUACAUUUGCGAUUAUGAUGUUGACAAUCAGGUAUUCCAUGUACCAAAGUAUUUUGAUAGCACAUCUUUUUUUCUGAGAUAGGAUUAACAACUCGUUUUUUUUUUUUACAUAAAUAGAUAUUAUUUGUUUAUUCUUGUUUGUUUUCAUCACCUGUGCCAAAUUUCAAAUGCUGCAUUGCAUAAGUAAACAUUAUGGUAAACCCCUCGAUAUUUGUUGCCAUAUAAUUUCAGUAUUUGUCAAACUAUUGCGCUGGCCAUUUUAUUUCUUAUUGACUAAUAGGGGCCUCCUGCUUGGUAGUAAGCUUUCUGCCAACAAAAAUCAGAGUAAUGUAAACAUAUGCUUUGCAUUUUCAAUUUAGUUUUGUCUUUAAGAUGAAAGUAUAUUUUUGUCACCAUAGUUUGGUACAAUUGCAUUUGAGAAUGUUAUUUAGGGAAGUUAUUAUAUAAACACCUAGUUUGAAGGUUUACUAUACUUUUUGCUCUCAAUGCAGUUGAGUGUAUUCUCGAUUUCUGUUAAUAAACACGUAGUUAUUAA